CAUGAUUGAUUGGUGAUCUGGCAUUGAUUAGAUGAAUUUACUUUUCAGUGUAGUUUAUUUUGAACAUUAGUGACAUAUUCAAAGAUUAUGACAACUGCUUUUCUAGGAAGUGAUGUUGAGUGCAUUUUAUAUAUUACAUAGAACUUGAAUUUUAAUUAUUCUGAGUAAAUAUCUGAUAAUGUCAAGUUCAUUGGAUUCUGCAGACAAAAUAACCCCCCACUGUCUCCCUCUUAGAAAGGUGGGCGGUGGAUAUGUGUACAUUUAUAUAGUGUAGUUUUCUCAAAUUGCACUAGUGUGAAUGAAAUAGCAACAUGUUCAAGGGCAGUGAUUUAGUAUUUAAGAUUCCCUUAUUAGAUAUGGAGCAUGUUUAUUAUGAUUUAAUUCCAAAUUUGUUUAUAUUCCAGGCCCCAUAUGGUGACCUAGGUGGAUUUUUAGUUAAAAAAAAAAAAAAAACAACAACCCAGACCCUCUGGAUUACACAGAGGGGAGACGGCAAAGAAGGAGAGACUAAAGGAGAAGGUUGAAAGUGAAGCGAAAAAUUUAUUGCCAUAUCUUGGACCCAACAAAAUGAGAGAUUGUUUCUGCACCAUAAAUUUGGACCAGGAAGAAGUUUAUCGUACCCAAGUUGUUGAAAAAUCUUUAAGCCCGUUUUUCAGUGAAGAAUUUUACUUUGAGAUUCCAAGAACUUUCCAGUAUUUGUCUUUCUAUGUUUAUGAUAAGAAUGUUUUACAAAGAGACCUUCGUAUAGGAAAAGUAGCCAUCAAAAAAGAAGACUUGUGUAACCACAGUGGCAGAGAAACUUGGUUUUCACUACAGCCUAUUGAUUCCAAUUCAGAGGUUCAGGGUAAAGUUCACCUUGAAUUAAAACUGAAUGAACUGAUAACAGAAAAUGGAACUGUGUGCCAGCAGCUUGUUGUACAUGUCAAGGCAUGCCAUGGGUUGCCUCUCAUAAAUGGACAAAGCUGUGACCCUUAUGCAACAGUUUCUCUUGUGGGCCCUUCUAGGAAUGACCAAAAGAAGACAAAAGUAAAGAAGAAAACAAGCAAUCCGCAGUUUAAUGAAAUCUUUUAUUUUGAGGUAACCAGAUCCAGUAGUUACACCAGAAAGUCCCAGUUUCAAGUAGAAGAGGAGGACAUUGAAAAGCUGGAAAUUAGGAUCGACUUGUGGAACAAUGGAAACCUGGUCCAAGAUGUUUUCCUCGGUGAGAUUAAGGUUCCUGUGAACGUAUUAAGAAAUGAUGCUUCUCAUCAAGCCUGGUACUUGCUACAACCAAGAGACAACGGAAACAAAUCAUCUAAAACUGAUGACCUGGGAUCCCUUCGAUUAAAUAUAUGUUAUACAGAAGACUAUGUGCUUCCUUCAGAGUACUAUGGUCCUUUGAAAACUUUGCUGCUAAAAUCACCAGAUGUUCAGCCGAUAUCUGCCUCAGCUGCUUACAUUUUGGGUGAAAUAUGUCGAGAUAAAAAUGAUGCUGUUUUGCCCCUUGUACGACUGCUGCUCCACCAUGAUAAACUUGUUCCUUUUGCCACUGCAGUAGCUGAAUUAGACUUGAAGGAUACACAAGAUGCAAACACAAUUUUUAGAGGAAAUUCCUUGGCUACCCGAUGUCUGGAUGAGAUGAUGAAAAUAGUGGGAAGGCACUACCUGAAAGUAACAUUAAAACCUAUUCUAGAUGAGAUAUGUGAAUCCUCAAAAUCCUGUGAAAUUGACCCUAUUAAAUUGAAAGAGGGAGAUAAUGUAGAAAAUAAUAAGGAGAAUCUGCGCUACUAUGUAGACAAGUUAUUCAGUACAAUUGUAAAAUCAAGUAUGAGUUGCCCCACUGUAAUGUGUGAUAUCUUUUAUUCUCUAAGGCAAAUGGCCACUCAAAGAUUUCCUAAUGACCCUCAUGUUCAGUAUUCUGCAGUGAGCAGCUUUGUGUUUCUUCGUUUCUUUGCUGUAGCGGUAGUAUCACCUCAUACUUUUCAUUUGCGACCUCAUCAUCCAGAUCCACAAACAGUUAGAACAUUAACUCUCAUCUCAAAAACCAUUCAAACUUUGGGAAGCUGGGGGAGUCUGUCCAAAAGCAAGUCAAGUUUCAAAGAAACAUUCAUGUGUGAAUUUUUCAAAAUGUUUCAAGAAGAAGGAUAUAUUAUGGCAGUUAAAAAGUUCUUGGAUGAAAUUUCAUCUACUGAAACUAAAGUGUCCAGUGGUACCAGUGAGCCUGUGCACCUGAAAGAAGGUGAGAUGUAUAAAAGAGCUCAGGGAAGAACUCGGAUUGGAAAAAAGAAUUUCAAGAAACGGUGGUUCUGCUUAACAAGCAGAGAGCUCACCUACCACAAGCAGCCAGGUAGCAAAGAUGCAAUUUACACGAUUCCAGUGAAAAACAUUCUUGCUGUGGAAAAACUGGAAGAGAGCUCUUUCAACAAGAAAAAUAUGUUCCAAGUGAUACACACAGAGAAACCACUCUAUGUCCAGGCAAAUAAUUGUGUGGAAGCUAAUGAAUGGAUAGAUGUACUCUGCAGGGUGAGCCGAUGCAAUCAGAACAGGCUCAGCUCUUAUCAUCCCUCUGCAUAUCUAAACGGAAACUGGCUCUGCUGUCUGGAGACCAGUGAAAAUGCCCUCGGCUGCAAGCCAUGUACUGCAGGUGUCCCUGCAGACAUCCAAAUAGAUAUUGAUGAAGACAGAGAAACAGAAAGAAUUUAUUCCCUUUUUACCCUCAGUUUACUUAAGCUGCAGAAAAUGGAAGAGGCUUGUGGAACUAUAGCAGUCUAUCAAGGACCACAGAAAGAGCCCGAUGACUAUUCUAACUUUGUAAUCGAGGAUUCUGUAACAACCUUUAAGACAAUUCAACAAAUAAAGAGCGUCGUAGAGAAGCUAGAUGAACCUCAUGAAACGUACAGGAAGAAAAGAUCAAGUAGUGCAAAAUAUGGGAGCAAGGAAAAUCCAAUUAUUGGGAAAACAUUUUAGAGUUUGACCAACUGACUCAGAAGAACUGGAAAAUAUUUUUGUUGGAGUUUUUCAAUUCAUCAUAUAUUUUGUUCAUAGUAUUUAAGAAUGAACAUUGGCUUCACUGUCACCUGCAUUCACCUUGUAUUUAAUAUUUAAUAAUUGAAAUUAACUGUUUGGGAAUCCUGGUAUUGAUGUGUUCCUAGAGAAUUUAAAACCCAAGAUUCCCUUCAUAUCUUACGUGUCGAAAGCCAUGUUUCUGCAACUUCUUUUUAAUAGAAAGAAUCUUCCUAAAGAAGCUUUGUAACAAAGGAGAACUCCUCCAUAGCAAGAAACCAUUUCUUCUUGUAACACUCUGUGUUCUGUGGACUUUUCACUACCAUUAGUGCCUGCUCUAUACUGCCAACAUUGUGUUUUACUGGAAUAUUUCAAUCCAUGACUAUUCAGAGCUUUCCAUUUAGUUCAUCUAGACCCUCCCUCUUCAAAAAAAAAAAAGAUCUCCACAGAUUACAUUAGGAACAGUGACAGAAAUGUUAGAAAACUGCCAGAGUAUCCUUGAAAGCUGGUAGAUCUUUUGUCUGUUUAGAGAUGAUGCAAACAGAACUCAGAUAGGAGAAAUCAGGGAACAUGUACUGUUGUCUGCAUCUUGUUUACAUUUGGGAUGAGUGACGGCAGAUGAAAUAAAAUGAGACCACUAAAUUUUUUUCAUUGUUUAAACAUCAGGUACUCAUUUUCUUGAUUUGAGAGUUCAGGUUAAUGUGACUUCUAAGGACUUCACUUUUGCAAAAGAAGAGAAAGUAAACAAUGGGAAAAGGUGGUGGUAAACUCGCUCGACUUCACUCAUUACUCCAUUAUUAUAAGGGCCACCACCAUAGGACGCCUUCCUCCCAGCGUGAGGCUGAGAUCUAACUCGAGAACAGUCACUCGGCGCACUUUACUCAUCUGGGCCACCCCAGAUUAUACUUUAGAUACUCCGUGGUAUCUAAUCUUUAUGAUCAGUUGAAUGAUCAGUGUUUAAGUCUAGAAAUAGUGCUUUCCUGAAAAUGUUUAUAUUUCACUGCUGUUUUCUUAUUGCCUGCUAGCCAAAUGGAAUUUGGGCAAGCAACUGUUUGAAUCCUAUUUUUCCCUAAUUUACUUUUAUCCUAAAAAUCAUAACUGUAAAUAAGCAAUCGAAGCAAGUUGCCACCUUGAAGUUAAGAGGUAUGCACUUUGCUUCAUCAGUAUUAAAAACCAUGGUACUCUUAUUUUGUCUUUUUAAAUUCAAAACAUUUUCUAAAUGUGGUACUUUGAACCUAGGAGUAUUUUACAUGUUUCUGUUUAAAACUGUGACUACUUACUAAUGUAAAUCUAGCUAGUAGUGCUUUUUUUGUUUCCCUGAGCAUAAGCUAUAUUUCAAGAUACACUUUGCCAAUUAUGUUAUUGGUAAUUGUUUUUAAAUUAUAAUGUUACUAGGUAAUUAUUCUUAAAGACCGUUCGCACACAAUCAUCAAAGUUGUUCCAUAAAUGAUUAUAACAGAGCAAUGUCUCUAAUGUACAAGUCUCUAAAGGACUUGUAAAAAUCAGUUGGUUUUAUUUAAGAAUCAGUCCUAGUCUGCAUUAUGGUAGGUCAUUCCUGGCCCAUUUUAAAGACAGGUUUGAAAAGUCUUCUAAAUUUUAUGAGCUUGUAGAUUCCAUAAACUACACUGAUUCAUCAGUGUGAAAGAAUUUUACCAUUUAAUAAAUUUCUCACUUCUGAAUUUCAUUCAGAUUGAAAUUGCAUUUUAAGAGUCUCUGAAUGUCUGCCUGGAAAGGCCAUGUGAGCAUUGCCAGGUACCACUCAUUACUCUCUAGUGGCUUCUUUAGUUAUAUUCUUCUAAUAUUUCUAAUGUCAAGCCCUCAGUUAUGACAGUUUUUAAAGAUCACAGCAUUCUCAAAGGGACCAAGGCUGUGUGAAUACGUAACUCAGAAUUUGAAGAGUUCAGUUACUAGUUAUUUUCUUCACAUGACACUUUUUAAACAGCCAGUUUGACUGGAAUUAACCACUUUGGCAUAGCCUAAAAACAAGUAAUAUGACAUGCAAUUUUCUUUGAAAGUCUUCUGAAAUAAGAGACCAUGUCAGUGGGACCCCAAAAUAACCAAGGUACUUACUUGCUUCCAAGGGCCUCCUCAUUCCUCUGCUGUUACUUAUGAGUACUUUGAUUUUUACUACCUGAUCUGCUUUCUCUGCCUUUUCUAAACUUGAAAAAAAUACAUGGCAGCUCACUUUACCCUAAAACCCUGAAAACCCCGAAAACCCCAAAAACCCCAAGAAGGAUAGAAAAGGAUGAUAUGGAGAAACUCUUGCCAUAAAUGCCAAUUCUGGUUCUUAGUUUAGCCAUUUCUAUCAUUUGAAAUUAUGGUGGUAUGUUGCUUGUUUUGUUGUUGUUAUCAUUUGUUUUCUUUAUUUAGCUUUGUUUUUUUAAUAUUCAUUUAAUAUGAUCAUGGGCAAUAGCAACAUUUUUUUACUCCCAGGAAUAUAAUUUAUCAAAUUGAACUAUUUUCUUUGCCAAAGAAAAGAAAUAUGUUUGUUUAAGUGUCAAAACAGGCUUUCCUUAUUGUACAAAAAAAGAUGACGAAUGAUGUGGCUUUUGUUUUUGUUUCUGAAGCCUAAUUUCAUUCAUUUAUCAGAAAGGCUCAUUCAUGCCAGGUUUUAGAAGACAGAUUUUUUGUUUUUUGUUUUUUGUUUUUAAGUAAAAGCACCUUUAAUUUGUUCUAAUGGUACAUCCUGUAAAGACAAAAUGCUACAAAGCCUUUUAGGUGUCCUUUACAGUAUGUGAAAAAUACAGGACUCAUUCUAGAGUUAAAUUGCCAGUCUUGAUUGAUAUUAUCUGCUUCCAUUUUUAUUAACUUUUGGAAAUUAAUGUUGCUAGUAAAUAUUGGUUUUUACAGUGUCCAGUUUGAAAAUGUAAGUUAUCAAAACUUAAUGUAGUGAAUUUGUAACCAUGUUGUAUUGUUGAGAAUGUAUUUUUAUUUAAAUUUUAUUUUCUUAUCAAGAGUAUUAUAAAAAUUAAGAACUUUUGUAGCUGUCGCUUGGUAAUAACUCAAAUAAAUUACAAGA